AUGGCGCGUAAGCUGGCCGCAGUGGGUGUUUCGUUCACUCGCCAGCAGAACAAGCCACUGCUUCGUAGAACCCUCCUUAAUGUCGUCAUGCAGGACACUUUCUCCAAACUGGACGUGCUACAGCGCUCAAAUCCGCUGUUCCUCGUCAACGCUGCGAAUCUGAUGGGGGAUUACUUCGCCAACGCUCGCCUCAGUAACGGCGACAAGCUUCACUUUCUAGCUGAGCCACUACUGCAAUACUUGCGUGCUUUACUCGCCGCCCAUGAUACACGUGCACAUCACAGUCUCGCUGCACAAUUAAUGCAAAACGGUCGCGAGCUACUCUCCGUAGUAGCUCAAGAGAUGGACGAGCUCUCGGUCUCGAUCCGUCUCCGUCUGCUCUCGUCCCCACCAGUCAGCACAACGUGGCUACUACUCUCCGCAGACCUUUGCCUCAACAAGUUUCUUCCCCUACCGACUACGCUGCAACAGUUUUACACCGCUCAUCUGGUAACAACCACGGAAGAAAAUGUCAGUGAAGCCAGCUAUAGAUGUUGGAAGAAAAGCCCCGAGAAGAACGAGAAUAAACCAGAUGCUGCGGCGCUUGCAGAAGAAGUCAGUCAAAGUAUAUCUCAGAUUAGUCUGCGUAAUAAUGAGGACACGAAGCCUAAGAAAGAACCAAUCUCAGUUAGCCAAGAUACAUGGACAGGUGAUGAUACCUUAAGGAAAAGAUACGACCUUAACUCUUGGCGGCAAACAGAAGAGACGAGAAUAAAGGCUAAUGACUGCCAACAAGGGGGGGAUAUCUUCCAAAGUCACCCCGAAAGAAAUGUGUCUCAGGCCCCAGAAAAGCCAAAAUUAGGCGUUGGAGCUAGGUUAUUGAGACUUAGAGCCCUCUCAAAGGAAUCAAUCUCAGUCAGCGAAGACACAUGGUCAGGACCCGACUCCCGCCCGCCGCACAUAAGUAUGAGAUCACGAAAGGGGAGGAUUAAUGGAAAGAAAGACGGAACAACAGCCAAGGCGACCCCAAGACGCCAUGUCGCCGAAGUACCGCGCAGCGCCAAAUACUGGGGCCACGACGACCGAUGCGUCAAACAUUAUAGUUAGUAGGAAUGUCUUGUAUGUAUGUAUGUAAAUAAUUAUUAAUUUAGGGAAUUGUACAAAUGAAAUUGUUAAUUAAACCAAAAAUGUU